CAUGACCCUAACUCAACCCUCAAUGGCCUUCGCCUCUCACUACUUCCGCGGCUCAGCCAAUGACAGCAGACUAUUCCCGGGGAAAGAUCCACUUGGCUCGACUCGACAGUUGGAUACAUUAUAUCGAGCGCUGCGGCAUUCAUGUAGGGCCAAUGGACAUAUAGGGACUGGCGCUGACACUUGACUCCAGUAGCCUAAAUCUCUCCCCGUUCUCACCGAUCUUAUCCUCGCUGUGACCUACCCCAGUUGGUUCCCAAACGCCCCAAAAAUCUGGGGUACGGAAGUGCCGAGCGCUCCAUUCCCGAGGGCAACUUAAAUUUCUCCGUGACUGGGAAAGGUCAUUGGUCCGAACUCCACCAGAGCCCUAUCAUCGUAGCCAUGCGACGCAACUUCUUUCCUCUCUCUCCUCAUUCUGCAGCUACAUGUUGCCCUUGCACCUCGCUCAGACACGGUGGUCACCUGAUCUUUUGGAUUGCACUACUCUCGCGCUAUCCAGCGAACCUCAUUUCCUACCUCGGAGAUUAAUCUCCCUCCGUCGCGUGCAUUUGCGCCGCGGAGAGCAGGUUUGGCUCGCCGUCCACAUUUGACGAGUGCGGGCCGCCUCUUUUCCUUUCGUUUCGCUUUGCAAGAACCGCUGCCCUGCGCCGAACCGAACCCGCAUCGCCCGUUCCUGGACUUGGAUCAUGAAUGCUGAUCUAAACCGGGGAGUCCAGCCGCUGUUCCCGACCGCCGUCUUCGCCGAACUCCACCGUCAAGAGAUGAUCGCAGGUCUGCGGCCUUCGCCCCUCGCUCUUCACCAUGCCUAACCUCCCCUCCCCGCCUUCACCCAUCUCUUCGGGCAAGAAGAGACCUCAUCCAUCCGGCGAGACGCCGCCCACCCAAUCCGAUUCUGCGAACGUUUCGCGAGACAACCCCUCCACCUCAGCGGCCGUCCCUUCCACCUCACCCGCCCUCUCAACAGCACAUUCGACUACCACCGUGGCUUCGACCGCCUCUUCCUCAUCCUUCCGAAAUGUCUCGGCCUGUAAUCGCUGCCGGCUGCGCAAGAACCGCUGCGAUCAGCGACUUCCGCGGUGCCAGUCUUGUGAAAAAGCUGGAGUUCGCUGCGUCGGAUACGACCCUAUCACGAAGCGGGAGAUUCCGCGUAGCUAUGUCUAUUUUCUAGAGACUCGGGUCGCCUAUCUGGAGAAGCAACUAGCAGAGCACAAUAUCGAGUUCAAAAAAGCCGUGGCUUUCGACGAAGAGGAAGCCGUCAAGACGGAGACAGAAGGCGAUACGGCGCAAACCGGUUCUGGCGCCGAUGGCCCCGGUACCGAGGGUGCCGAUAAGUCAUGGAAAGGCUCCGCGAUCAAAGAAGAGGCUGAAGGACCUGUUCAAAGAGCAGGUGGAGAUCAAGGCCGAGAUUCGGACGGGAAUCGUGAUGCUGCAAACGAGGACAACUGGCGACUGCAUAAUUUGGUGUCAAAUAUUGGUAUGGUUUCCGUACAGGGCACUUCCGAUCCUCGAUAUCUUGGUUCAACUUCGGGCAUCUCAUUUGCCCGAGUUGUCUUCGCUGCGGUACGGAGUUCGCUCCCAGGACAUGUGCCCGAGCGUGCCCCGAUCCGUCCUAGCGAGCGUCUGCCGCAGACGGCUGCUGGUCCUGCUGGAGGCAGUAUGCGCGACUCAUUCUUCGGACUCCAGACGAGACCGAUGAUGAAACGCGCUGCCUUUCCAGAUCGCGAGCUUGCCGAGCGUCUGGUGGACCUUUAUUUUGAACACGCCAACCCUCAAAUGCCCAUCCUCCACCGCGGAGAUUUCAUGGAGCUUCUCGACCGCACAUACCUCUUGGAAGAAAAAAAUCGUUCCCCUCGCGCUCUUUAUGUUCUCAACAUUGUGUUUGCUAUCGGUGCAGGUAUCAUUUUUGAGGACAAGCCUCAGGCUUCGGAUGAUGAGGACCACGCAGGCCGUGACCGAGCUUCAUCAACGACAAAGAGGUUACGAUUGUCGAAUCAUCAGUAUCAGCCCGAGGAGUACCAUGCCUCCGCAAUCGUUCAUCUGGAAUCUUUCCUUGGUUCUUCAUCUAGCGAAGGUUUUGGUGGCCUGGAAGAACUCCAGGCAGUGCUUCUGCUGGCCAGCUUUGCCUUGCUUCGUCCGGUUGCCCCUGGUUUGUGGUAUAUUGUCGGUGUUGCAAUGCGCUUGGCUGUCGACCUCGGACUUCAUUAUGAAGAUGGCAUUGGCUUGGGUACGAAAGAUGGAAACCAAGUCCAGCCCCGCAUCGAUGCCCGCGAGCGAGGCCGCCGCGAAUGGGUGCGUGAUCUACGGCGCCGUUUGUGGUGGUGUGUAUACAGCUUCGACCGUCUGGUAGCCACGUGUGUGGGCCGACCAUUUGGCAUCAGUGAUCAGGCUAUCAGCACGGAAUUCCCGUCCAUGAUGGAUGACAAGUUCAUCACCAAAUCCGGCCUCUUGACGCCUCCCGACGGAGCUCCAACAUACAAGCACGUCGCUUUCCACUACUUCAAGUUACGCCUUCUUCAAUCCGAAAUUCACGACGUCCUUCAAUAUCAACAGGCCCGCGCCGUGCGUAGGCGGGCGUCCGAAAGUGCUACGAUCCUUCCCCACGCCGAAUUAACAUCCCCAUUCCUCCAAGGUUUCGAUUCAUUCCGUUCAUGGCGUCAUGAUGUACAUCGUCGUUUGGUGGAGUGGAAUGAGUCUGCACCAACGCGUCCUGACACGGGUGUACGCUUUUCUAUCGAGCUUUUGGAGUUGAACUACUGGCAAGCUAUUAUUUUGUUGUAUCAACAGAGCUUGACAGUACCGGCAGAGUUGGCUUCAGAGCUGACACCCGCAGAUGACGUGUCUAGUCCAUCUUUCUCUAAUCCCGAGGAGGGCGAUGACGAGGACCAUGUCUACUUGAACGUUGCAGAGGCGGGUCAGAAAGUCAUUCGAAUCUAUCGGCAGUUGCACCGCGUGCGCUUGGUGAACUACACCUAUCUUGCUACGCAUCAUAUUUUCAUGGCCGGAAUAUCCUUCUUAUAUGCUAUUUGGCAUUCGCCAUUGGUCCGCAGUCGAUUAACUCUGGACGAGGUUGAUUUUACUGUGCUUGCAGCAACCUCUGUUCUUGGUGACUUAAUGCACAAGUGUCCUCCUGCAGAGAAUUGCCGGGAUGCCUUUGAGCGGAUGAGCAAGGCUACCGUUCAAAUGUGCCUGUCAACCACUGGGUUUGGAUCUCAGGUUGAUAUGUCCCGAAUCCAAGCGGCUGCACACGCUGCGGGUAAUCUGUAUUCAGGCCGGCGCCAGGCAAUGAACCAGAGACACCAGGGAGGCCAAGGGCAAGGCCGACGCUCGACUCAAUCUCGGACCGCACGGCCGGUGCCCAAGUUCGAUAUGAAUCUAGCCGAUCUGUUCAGUGACACCAACACGCCUUUGGCCGACAGGUCUCGAACCGACAGUAGGCCUCCAGGCACCAACUACGCUGUCCGACCAGAAACUGCAGAGGCUGUUGCACCCGGUCUAACGCGGCCAUUCGGGCAACGCACUCCAUCCAUGGAGUACUAUAUGAAAUAUGAAGGUCAAACAUCUCCGCAAGCCCAAGCCCAAGCCCAGGCCCAUCCCCAGUUCUACUAUGGAAACUCCCCACCACAGAGUGGCUCUCCGGGUAGCGUUGCUCAGUCGGCUGGUGGACCCCAUGGUCUGCCACCCACCGAACUGGAGAAUCAGCAAGGCGUUAGCUUGGACUUUUUGGAUUUUGCGUCCGGUGACACCGAGAACCAGGGUAUGGGGCAAGACCCAAAUGCCGAGUACAAUCUUGCAGGUAUGCCCACCCUAGGUCAGAAUGUGGGUAUUGAUCUUGGAUUCGGCAUGGCCAUGGACUUCCAGCAUGAUUGGAGCGAAAAUCCCAAUUAUGAUAUCCUCGAGGGAUAUUUCUUUGGUGGCUCCGGCGCCGGCGCACCUGGCGGGGAUGCGUAAGGAUUCCUCUGCCUUGCCUUGAUUCUUGCUCCCAUGGUGCCACGGGUGUUUUCGAAAUGCACUUGACUUCUUUUCUUUGCAUCACCGUCUCUUCUCUGUACUUCGUGCGUUCCCGCUACCCACCCCGUCUCCCUCUUUCUACCACGACCUACUUGUUUUGUUUGGGACCAUAUCGUCAAAGAGGGGAUUUGCAGUUGAAAAGGACUGGUUUUGCGGGCUAAGGGGUCACGGACUUUAUUUUCAUCUACUCUUCUUGUUUUGUCAUUGUACCUCUUUUUGUCCGAUUCGCGAUACCACAUACUAUAUACUGUCUAUCACACACAUAUCAAGAGACUAGAUCUAAUGACCAAU